GUCGCGAGGCUCGUCCUAGAACGUCUGCAGCAAGGAGCGCUUAGUCUAAAUCGCUCCUCCAGCCAGGCAGAUCGCCGAGGCAGCAGCAGCAGCAGCAGACAAAACAAACUCUGUACCUGCUCCGUGGCUGCUCUGGCGGAUCUUUCGAGGGUCGAUCAAUCUCGUUGUACAUCGAAGCGUGACGAGGCGAAAUGUGCAGCGCCGAUUGUUGAAUACCUCCACACGGACACGCACUUGUACACGAAAGAAACGUCGUAGAUAGCAGCCGAGUUUUCCUCGCGGCCUCCUGCCUUUUCUGCUGCUGCUGCUCAGCCGAGGGUUGUGUGCGUGUACGAGUUGAUUCUGGCUGGAAGUAGUGGUAGUAGCUGCGCCUGCGCCCCAAAGUCACGAGCUACAAUUAUCCCGCACACGUAUCCUUUAUCGCGAAGGAUUUCUCAUCGCGAGCUUGCAGGUAUACCGAGUAGUCAGAGUUUGCAAAGUGAAGAGCAGAUAAGCCGAGCAGCAUGACGGUAACGUCGGAGCUCAAGGAGAUACGGGAGAUGCUGCGCAAGAUCAUCCGCGACAUGACCAAGAUACGCGAGACCCAGAAGCAAAUGAAGGAGGAGAUGUACGAGGUGAAGGACGACCUGCGCAAAUUCCGCGAGUCCUGGAAGAAGGAGAAGUACGACAUAGAGAAUCGCAUCAUGAGGCUGGAGGAGCGCGACACGGUCAAGCGCGAGCUCAUGCAGAGGCUCAUGCGCUUCGAGAAGAUGCAGGAGGCCAUCGAGAUCAAAGAGAACAACAGCAACAACAGCAUCAAGUGCUGGGACGACUGCAUGCAACACAAGACCAAAAUCGUUCAGCAGCAGCAGCAGCAGCUGUCGGUGGACCUGCCCCCGCCACCGCCGCCCCCGCCGCUGCCGGCCAGUGCCUUCCUGCCGAGUUACGACAUCGAGCGGCGGAUCGAGUGCGUCUUGGGCGAUAAGGACAAGAGCCACAAGAGCACCGUCAACAUCGAGUACAAGAAGCUCUGCAUCAACGAGAAAAACAUGAUACUCAAGGACGGGCGCAGAUUGAUCAAGCAGUUCUUCGGCGGCGGCAGGACCGACCUCUAAAUCUCCCCGUGUCCUCCAGUCCUCCGUGCGCAGCUGCAAUUAUCAAUUUCAUAUCGUGCACCUAUGCAAUUAUAUCACGUACAUCUCUCCCUGUCUCGAGAUUGUUCGACGCUAAAUGAGAAGCCUCGUCGCGAAUAGAGUCUCUGUAUAUUUUCAUAGGCGCGUGUAUAGCGAGUAAUUUGAAAAUCUUUAUCAUAGAGAGUGCUAACUAUUUUUGCUAAAAUACAACUUGUUUUUUAGUGCCUUUUUAUCGAGUGCGUGUAUGUUGCGAUACGUGUAUUUCACGACGCGUGCGAAAUAAGAGAAAAACGUGCAAAAAUUUCAAGUACAAGCCGCUGAUACGGAUCUCAAAGCUAAUUUGACUAGAUUUCUCCUCUCAAAUUUGCUCCAGCAGCAUACCAUUAUAAAUACGUAGAAUUACUCGGUUAAGAAGUUCCUUUACUCGUUAUGUGUCUCUUAUAUAGCCUAAGCGAGUGAUGAUAUACAUAUUUUAAUUUUCUUUUACGAGAGACCUGCACGCUUAAUAAGUAAUUACGUAUUUUGGAAUUUGUGUGAACCAAUAGUUUCGACAUAGCAAUCUGUCCCAAGUAAAUAAAGUGUGUAUUUUUAAUUAAAGUAAUUAAUAACAUAGGGUCUAUUCGGAGGAGAUGAGGGUACGAAAAUGGAGCUUAUUUUGGAUUUCCGUGCGCGAUGAAUUUUGUCGAACAAAAUUGGAUCAUUUGGAUGGUACCCCAUUUUAACCCCGACUCAAUUUAAGAAACAGAUCAAAAUAUAUUAUAUCACGUACAGUCAUAAGUGUGUGUAAAAAAAUUAUGUAUAAGAUUAUAUAUUUCUCGAUGUUUUUCAGAGGUUUCAGAAUUCUGCUAAAAAAUUUCAUUGUUAUAUAAUUGAUUGACGAUACGUAACUUGUCUUAUAUAGAGAUACACAAAGUUGCCUUAUCAGAAGAAAUAAAACGUAUAUAGAUGCACAAAUAUUUAUGCUACCACAUAACUAUAUAAAUGUAUAAAAAAUAUAUAUAUUUCCGAAAUAUCAUAAUGUUUCUUUGAUCGUUCGAAUGUCUAAUAAAUUUAUAUUGUACAAAA